AGGAAGUGAAAAGGCUGCUGAAAGCCCCAUGAGCUGAUUCUGCUCGGUCCAAAGCACAAUAAGAAAGGGAAGUGAACACAACACAGAACCUUUAACAGCACAAGCCUGAAAACAGAGACGAGCACAGACUAACGCGACAGGACAGAUCUCAAAAUGGCUCACGGUUGCCUCAAGUGUUUAAAAUACACCAUGUGUGCUGCCAACUUCCUGUGUUUUAUGUGUGGUGUGGCGGUUCUGAGCUUCGGUGUGUACCUGACAGUAAACGUCAAGAUGACAGCUCUCACUCCCUCACUGGCUAACCUAAACAUCUCUAACAUGCUGCUGAUCAGUGGCAUCAUCAUCACCUGCGUGUCCUUCCUGGGAUUCCUGGGAGCUCUGAAAGAAAACCGCUGCCUCCUGAUGACGUUUUUUCUGCUGCUCUUCCUUCUGAUGCUGGUGGAGCUGUCUGCAGCAUGCCUGAUGCUCGUCUAUGAGAAGAAGAUAAACUCUUGGAUAAAAGAUGAUCUCAAGGAAGGGUUAGAGAAAGCAAAAUUGCAGAGUGGAAAUUCAACUCUUCAGAGUGACUGGGACUUUGUUCAGAACACGUUCGACUGCUGUGGAGUCAAUAACGUCACAGACUGGGGAAAUAAGGUGCCUGAAUCCUGUUGCCAGGGCCCAUGUGAUACCCCUGGCGGCUCGUACAAGACCCAGGGUUGUUUGUUUGCACUUAACAACUGGUUUGAGGAGAAUUUUCUGAAUAUUGGCAUAUCUGUCAUCGUUCUCUGUAUAAUUGAGGUGUUGGGGAUGUGUUUUGCCAUGACGCUGUACUGUCACAUCAGCAGAGCUGGACUGGGCUACAAGUUAUAGAUUCUCUACACCUUUCAUCUGGCUCUGGGUUCAAACUGUUGUACAGGUUUACAAAAUAAAGGCCCCCCACAGAGCCCCCCCCCCCCCCAUUGCCUGGGAAAAAAACCUGAAACCUUCAAAAUCACAACUAGUUUUUCACACAUUUAAGUUAUGAAUUGCUUUUCAUGUAAACACUUUCUUAACGUUUUGUAAAUGUUGCUGCUUGUCAAGUUUUUUCAUUUUGUUGCCUGUUUCUACUACAAUAUAUAUUUCUGAAAAUCAACUGCCUGUAAAGAAUCAUUUAAAGUUAAAAUUGCACUAAUAGUUUACAGAAUAAACUGCGCAACAGUUUAUAGCCCUCCAUGCUGUCAUUUGAUCAUUUCCUGUUUGCAGGGUUCUGUGGUACAGCCUUAAGAAAAAAAAAAAACACUUCCUCUUUCGAUGCAUCAGAAUGGAAUGAAAAAGUUUGAAUUCAAAGCAGGAAGAAAAGAGUUGAUCCAACAAGUUAAAAACCACAAACACCACAGAUUAAUUUAUUUAUUUCAAGAAUAAAUCCUGCAUCAAAUAUCUUCGAGCCAGAGGGGAAAAAAAAACUAGGAUUUUUACAACUUAAAAUUAUUUUGUUCUUUUUAAAACUGUCACAUACAAAAUAGAAACAAAUACAAUUUUGUAAUUAAAAAAAUGUAACUGUACACAGCAGAAUACACCGUUUAUUGCAAACUUGAACACCCCUGACACCGCAAAAACUAUCAACAAUAGCAUCGCAAAUUCACCUACAGAUAUGAAAAGACAAGAGAGAAACUAUUCUGAUCCAGCUGCAAAACUAAUAGCUGGGUGAAGUUUGGUCCCACCCGC